AUGCCUUCCAAUAGAGCCGCAUACCUAACGUCCGCAAAAUCAACUCCUCUCCAGGUCAAGUCCGUCCCCUACACAAAGCCAGACGCUCUGGAGAUCGUGAUCAAGAGUCAUGCCGCGGCCAUCAACCCGCUUGAUCACAUCAAGCAGAGCAUGGGCGACCUGCUCUUCAACUGGGUAAGCUACCCAGCUAUCCUGGGAAGCGACGUGGCGGGCGAAGUGGUCGAGGUCGGAAAGGACGUCGCGCGGUUCAAGGUCGGAGAUCGUGUCGUCGGCCACGCCAUUGGCCUGGCGAAGAAGCACAACUUUGCUUCACACUGCGGGUUCCAGAAAUACACCGUCCUUCUGACGCACAUGGCGUCGCAUAUUCCAGCCACAAUCCCUUAUGUGGAUGCGGCCGUGAUCCCGCUGGGGCUAUCCACUGCAGCGUGUGGGCUGUUCCAGACGGACCAGCUCGCCAUGCAACUUCCCUCGGUGCCGGCUGCAAAACCCACGGGCAAGACUCUGCUUGUAUGGGGUGGAUCGACGAGCGUAGGUUGUAACGCGAUCCAGCUCGCCAUCGCGGCCGGAUACGAGGUCAUCACCACCGCCUCACCACGGAACUUUGAGCUCGUCAAGCGUCUCGGUGUAGCGGAAGCGUUCGACUAUAGGAGCCCAACCGUGGUGGAGGACAUCAAGAAGGCGAUCAAAGGGAGAAUUUCAGCUGGGGCACUGUCAAUCGGCCAAGGCGCGGCGGAAAAAUGCCUGGACAUUCUCACCACUUGCAGAGGGAACAAGUUCCUCUCCAUGGCCAGCUACCCCUUUCCCCAGACGCCUCCCGAGCGCUUCGUCGUGCCCCAGAUCGCCUUCCACUAUAUCACGUCACUGAUAUUUCUGUGGAUCAAGGCCAGAAGGCACGGCAUCCGGCGUAAGUUCAUCUUUGGCGAUACGUUGGUCGACAAUGAAAUCGGGCCUGCAAUGUAUGAGCACUUUCUCCCAGAAGCUUUGGCCGCACGGUCGUUUGUUGCAGCACCGAAGUCUGAAGUCGUGGGUCAUGGGCUCGAGAGCAUACAGCAUGCCAUGGACCUGCACAAGAAGGGUGUCAGUGCGAAGAAGAUUGUGGUGACUUUAUGA